AAUUGACUUAGCGUAAUCCACCAGCACCAAGUAUCCACUUAUCUUAUCAACAACGUUGAUAAAAAAAUCAAAAAAUACCAUUUUUUGGAAAAAAUUUCCUUGAAUUAGAAAGUUUUCUGGAUGUAGCGCAGUAGCACUUUUUUUUGUGUGUGUAGCUCUUUUUUCUCAUGUCUAGCACUUUUUCCCCAUGUGUAGCACCGUUGCCACCCGCUGCAAUUUCUGAAUUUCGCGUUAGCUGAGUAACUUGUGAAAAUCAUGAAAUUCUACAACUUUUGUUAUGCAUUUUUCGAACUGAGGUCGAUGUUGAUUUGAUCAUUGAAACAUUGAUCUGGAGGAUCACAGUACAGUCCACAUAAUGAUGAGUGAAAAAGGCAUGAUUAUAGCUCGAACAAAAUAACCUUACAAAAUACCUACGUGAAAAAUUAAGGAACGUAUUCUAGAAUCAACAUGUCAUCUAAUGUAUCGCCGCCGCCAUGCUACGACGAUUUGGGUAGAACUGUUAAAGAUUUCUUCAGCAAAGGAUACAAUUUUGAUACAGUGAGCAUAGGCGUGAAAACCAAAUCUGCCACCGGUUUCGAAUUGAACUUCGGCGGAACUUCUCGUAUCGAUUCCGGCAAAAUUCUUGGAACGUAUCAGUCUUUCUAUAGAGACCAAAAAUACGGUAUCGAUUGCACGAAGAAAUGGAACACCAGUAAUGAGCAUGUUAAUGGAGUAUCGUUCAUUCAUUUAUUAAAGGGUGCUAAAUUCUCCAUCGAACAUACUAACGUCCCUCACACUGGCUACAGAACUGUGAAAGCAAAAGUGGAGUACCGAAACAACCGUCUAGCCCUCAACACUGAUGUUGAUAUUACUCGUAUUCGUAUUAAAUCAGCUGGGCCUCGUAUUUCCGGUUCUGGAGUUUUUCAGUGCUACGGUUGUUUCAUCGGUUUUAUGUCGAAGUUCGAUACGAAAGAUUCCAAACUGAAGAGUACCAAGUUCGCUUUACAAUACAAUGCUGAAGAUUAUGUUGCUUACGCUGUCAUAGGCCCUGGACAAUUGAACAGCUUUCACAUUUGUCAAAAAGUGAAUCCCUUUCUCGAAACUGGUGUUGAAUUUGCAUGGUCAUGCAAUAAAAAUGAUACCAAAUUUGGGUUCGGUUGUAAAUACACUUGGGAUCGUGACACUACUAUUCAAGCUAAAGUGAAUAAGUCUGGGCAAAUUGGUCUCGGUUUCGUCCAUAAACUUAGGGAUGUAUUACCUAUGUUUAUUUACAGGUAUUACCAUCACAUUAUCGACUUUGAUCAAUAGCAAAACUUUCAAUCAAGGUGGUCAUAAAAUCGGUAUGGGUAUUGAAUUCGAGCCAUAAUGCUCACAAGCGUCGUUUUGUAGCGUAAAAUGACAUUCUAUAUACUUUGUAAAGGAAAGAAAAGAGCUAUUCCGGUUUACAGGGAUUGUAAGCAGUGCAUUUUCACUAUAUAUGUACGCAGUCUCAAAAAAUAUGCCUACAUGUUUUCAACAAAAAUUUCGUUUCCUGCUUUCUUGAAAAAAUUUUGUUUCGUCUUUAUUUUUGGUUGUGACCUUAUGCAAUUUUUUUAGCAUGUUUCCUUUUUGUGACAUUGUGACUUCUGACUUUAUGGUAGAAUUUUUCGAAAACCAUUUGAGUUCAAUUUUUUGAGUUGUUACAAAGUUUUUCUAGAUAUAUUUCACAUUAAGUAUUUUAAGACUUUUUGUGCAUUUUUUGAUGAUUUCAACAUUAUUUGUAUUUGAUUAUCAUGAUACCCUUCUCAUCUCAUGUUCUUCAGUACCUGUCAACAAAAAAUGAGUUUAUAUUUUUUUUGUAUUUUUCGUGAUAAUUGAGCUCCUUUUUGUCAUUUGAGUGCAGUUUCAUUGAUUUUCAUGUAAUUUUCAACAAUUUGUAACCCCUUAUAAGUUAUAACCUUUUUUAUAAUUGUAAUUCCUUAAAAACCUUUUUGAAUAAUUUGAAUCCCCGGUGAAUAUUUUUUAAUUAUUCAUUUUGGUCAGUUUUUUCUCUUUUGUAUAUUUUUUUUUUACUACUUCACUCACUUUUUGUGUUGAAUUUUCAGUUUUUCAUUUGUUAUCUUCAAAUUACAUUCAUGCUACUGUCAAAACCCCUAAUUUCGGACACUUUUUCACGUUUUUCGAAAAAGGCUUUAAAACGAGCGAUUCAACUUGGUGUUUGUCUUCACAUUCUCAUAGAAUGUCAUCGUGUGAAUCGUUUUUGAGCAUCAAUUUAUAAAUUUUACGUGAUUUUGUUUAUUUAAUUUGAAUCCGAAAAGUGUCCGAAAUUAGGUCCAAGGUACCCUAAUUUCGGACACUUUUUCUUUAACGUGGGAACUCGAAAAUUUUAGUUGAAAAAGAAAUUAUUUACCUCUGAAAAACAAUUCCAAUCAAAAACAGCUCGAAUCAUGAUGUGAAAUGUAGAGAAAAAAUGAUUUUUCAAGGAAAUGUUCAGCACUCUCAUUAUCCACUUUCUCAUUAGAAAAAUAAGUUGGUAACAUUGAACAAUUUCUUAUCAAACUCCUUGUUGAUGAUUUUACGACUCCGACUUUUACUUUUCAGUAUGGUUUUUAGGAAAAUGAGUGAAAUAAUAGUACAAUAUCUUCAUCAAAACUGAAAACACUUGAAAAAAUACCGUCGAACUCGAAAAAUACACAUUUGCAAGUGCAUCAGUGUUACCCUUCCAAACUCGGUAAAGCGUUAACCAAAGUGUCCGAAAUAAUGAUCCGUUUCGCGACUUUUUCAGUUUUUAGGAUUUAAAUAAUAGAAACAAAACGUGAAAUUUGAUAAAUGAAUUUUAUUUUUAAUUACCAGUGACUUCUUGAUAUUUUAGAGCGAUUUUCGUGGUUAUGAAAGCAUUUGGAUAGACUCUGUGAAUAACUUUUUCCCCACACUUUACAUGAAGCACUUUGUAAAGUCCAUUUUAAUGGCUAAAUAAAUAGUGUAAAAUGAAAAUUCUUACAUCAGGGAGAUUGUCCGUGAUCUAAACUAAUAGAAGAAGUGUUCACUUUUACUUGUACCCUUGGUUCUUAUCAAUGAAAGAGCAAAAACACUGAGUGUCCGAAAUUACGUACCCUGUCCGAAAUUAGGGGUUUUGACAGUACUUUAGACUCAUUAGAGAGAAUUUUUAUCCUGUAAUUAAUUUUCAAUGAUCCUUGUCAUACUGUCAAUUCUUCUCAUGAUUGUCAAUAAUUGCUUUUAUGCAAUUUUAGAAAUUUUUUGUCAUUUCAAUGUGUUUUUGACAUCUAAAAUUUUACGCUUUGAGAAGUAAAAAAAAAUCCAGCCUAUAUUUUUUUUUUCAAAAUUUCAGGAUUUGAUUUAUUACCAAUGUUUUUUUUUUUCAAAUUUCAAUUUGGAAACAGUAAAGCGAACUUAGCGAACAUACGAAGGCGCUUUUGAAAAUUCAUGUUUCGAGAUUCGAGAAGUAAAGCGCAAAACGUUUGAAAAUUCCUACUUCGAGAAGAAAAAAACCGUGUUUUCUUGACUUGAAAAUUUUAGAAUUCGAAUGAAUUUUUUUUUGGAAAUUUCGAUUUUGAAAUAAAAAAUUGAACAGGUCAGUUUUUGAAGAUCCGUGUUUCGAGGAGUUAGAAAAUAUAUUUUUUAAUAUAGAAUGAAUGUAUCUUGUGUUCAAUAUUUUUUUUAAUCUGAAUGAAAGUUUUUUUUUAGAAAUAAUUUCAAUCUGGAAGAAGGAAAGCAAACCUGGUGAGAGAAGCGUGGGUAGAAGUUUUCUGAAAUUUUUAUGUAUAAUAAAUACUUAUUCAAGAAGUAAAACAUUACGUAAAUUAUUUCUUGAAUCAGAAGUCAAUUUUUACACCCUUGGGAUUUUUGAAACUUCAAAUUCAUAUAGAUUUUCCUACUUCCAUACAGUUGACGAAUUUUUUGAAUUCGGUCAAUUUUUAAACUUUCUUUAAAACGUUUGUACAAUUUUUUGUAAUUUUGUCAAAAUAAUAAAAUUUGUCUAUUUGUC